GAAGCCACAUGCAAAAUCUUGGGCGUUGCAGAUCCGCCAUCAAUGCUGAGUCCCAUGUCAUAACACAAUGUCACAAUUAUUGAGUUUUUUUUUUGUUUUAAGAAAAAGAAAGACUUCAGAAAAUUAAAAAAAAAAAGCAGGUGAGUUCGUGAGUAGCUGUGGAUUAAAGACGUGUAGAGAGAGCGUAUUCACAUUCAGAACCGCGUUGCCAAAUUUCAAGAUUCAUAUGAUAUUCUUUUGAGUAUUUUCAAUCACAAGCUCUUUGUCUUUCUGCAUCUGGGUAAAGGGUUUCUGAGUUUCUCUGCAUCCCCUCAAAGUCAUGGCCUCGUCUGCGGCUCUUAGCAAGAAGCAGUUUAAGAGGUCUAUGACCAAGAAAUCACACUCAUGGUGGUGGGAUAGUCACAACUGUCCCAAGAACUCAAAAUGGCUUGCAGAGAAUCUAGAGAAGAUGGAUGACCGUGUGAACCACAUGUUAAAGCUGAUUGAAGAAGACGCAGACUCUUUUGCCAAGAAAGCUCAGAUGUAUUACCAGAAGCGUCCCGAGUUAAUCCACCUUGUUGAGGAAUUCUACCGCAUGUAUCGCGCAUUGGCUGAGCGGUAUGAUCAAGCCAGUGGUGAGCUACAGAAAAACCAUACAUCUGAGAUCCAGUCACAGGGCUCUCUUGAGCAAUCAUCUCCUACCUCCCAAGAGAAGUCGAGUCGCCGUCACAAGGAAGAGGAAGAUUCGUCGUCUUUGACAGAUUCCGGUUCUGAUUCCGAUUCUGAUUCUAAGUCAGUUCCUGAUCAUUCCUCUGCCAAUGAUGAAGAUGGUGACGAGGCAUUGGUCCGCAGGAUGGCUGAUCUAGAGCUUGAGCUCCAAGAUACGAAGCAGAAGCUUUUUCUCCAGCAAGAAAGUGCUAAUGUUCACAAUAAUCUCCUUCACAAAAUUACUGUAUAUGAGGCAGAGCUUAGAGAAGCUAAUGAAAAGAUUCGAGUUCACGAAGAAGAGAUCGCUAAGCUGAAGAUUGAGCUUCAGAGCUGCAUGUCCUCUGCAACAGAAACUCAUCUUGGUGUUGAAAAAGCGGUAACUGAAGAUGUAUCAGCUACAAAAGUGCAAGCCUUGGAGGAAGAGCUUAGUAUCGCGAGAGAGAAGCUUCAGAGCUUUGAGAAAGAGACUUCUUUUCUGAAAAACGAGCUUGAGAUCAGUAAAGCUGCAGAGGAGAAGCUGCAGAGUUUACAGCAUGAGCUUAGUAUCGCGAGAGAGAAGUUUCAGAGCUUUGAGAAAGAGACUUCUUUUCUGAAAAACGAGCUUGAGAUCAGUAAAGCUGCAGAGGAGAAGCUGCAGAGUUUACAGCAUGAGCUCGAGUUGGCUCAAAAUGACGCUGAUACUCACAGAAACAAGCUCAACGUGGAGAAGAAAGAAGUCUUGAAGUUGCAGGAGAGAUUGGUGAUGGUGAAAACCAGUUUACAGGACAGAGAUAACGAGAUAAGGGCACUGAAAACUGCAGUCUCUGACGCUGAACAGAAGAUCUUCCCUGAGAAAGCACAGAUCAAAGGAGAAAUGUCAAAGCUUGUUGAAGAACGAAGCCAACUUGUAGAGCAACUUAGGGAGCUGGAAUCACAUAUAAGGCUGAUCACGGAAGAGAGAGCUGAAAUGGAGGAGAAGCUUAGAGGAGAAUCCAAGAAGAUAAGCGCAAUGAGACAUGAGAGCAAUGUGCUGAGAGAAGAGAUAGGGAAGAGAGAAGAGAAGAUAAAGGAAAUGGAAAAGCAUAUGAAGGAGCUUCACAUGGAGCAAGUGAGGCUGAGAAGAAGGUCCAGUGAGCUUGGAGAAGAAGUGGAGAAGACGAGAGUGGCUGCAUCGGAAGUAGCUGAGCAGAAAAGAGAAGCGAUAAGACAGCUUUGUAUAUCUCUUGACCAUUACAAAGAUGGGUACGAGAGGCUUUGGAAGGUUGUCGCAGGACAUAAUAAGAGAGGAGUGGUCUUAGCAUCGUGAAGUUUGGCUGAUUAAGAGUAGUGUAAGGACUAAGGACAAUGACUUGGUGUUUUUGUCUUUGAUCACAUUAAUGUGUUGUGUUCUUUUCGGACUUAAAUGUUGUUAGUUACUGUUGAAAUUAGGUUGAUGAUGAAUAAUGUAAUGUUGGUGAUACUAAUGUAAGAAUCAAUGGUGUAAUGUUCUUUUAACUAUGCACAAACACAAACAUGUUUGAUCGUUUCUAUGGUACUAGGUAUAUAAUUAACACUCU